AUGGAUUCGUGGGAGGGCCUUGACAUUGAUGAGUCGUACGUGAUGUCACUCAUCCGGAGAUGCAACUCCAACACAGAAUUCAUUCCCGGCCCUGCAGGAAAUGCACAAGCACUUAUGCUAAACAGAGAAUCGGAGGAACCUGAAAAUACGCAACAAUUGAUGAGGGAAAUCGCUGCUGCAGGUUUAGUUGCUGAAGGGGACAUAAAAAAUUUGAUUUUACUGUCUUCUAGGAAAUCAAUGGAAAAGAUACCUUUGGUUGUCUGUGUGGUCAAAGAAUGUCACCCCAACGGGUUGGGUGACAUGUCCAUAGUUAUUAAGGACCCUUCAACUACAACAAAGGCAAGCGUUAACAAAAAAGCUGUCAUGGAUCCUGAGUUUGGUUCCCAUAUUGAUGUUGGAGGAGCAUCUUUGAUUUUGAAAAAUGUAUCUUGUUUCGGUCACAACCCAUGGGUGCCUCCUUACUUGAACAUCACCGUUUGCAACAUUGUGAAGGUUUUUAAGAAUGACAUUAGUCCACCAACUGACCAUGAAGUUGAAGCUUCUAUGCCCGUUGUGCGAAACUACCCAGGAGAAUAUCUUGAUGUUGAUGACAUUUUGAAGAAGCUGGUCCCUCCACCUAAAGUUGUUAAAACUGGUUACCAUGAAGACACUUCUGUUGCUGAAUCAUCAAGUCUCCCAUGUCCUAAUGCUGCUAUUUCUCUUGGUGCGGACUCACCACAUGGAAAUUAUGAUGCAUAUCCCGAUGGGGCUACAACAUUUGAUGUUGAAUGCCCUGAUGCUUAA